GUUCAUUUUAACUGUAGGAAUGUGAUGAUAAAUCUGAUGCAAAUGUGCUGCAUGCCUCUGGACUGGCCAGUGAUCCAUCUGAAAAGUAUGGUGUUUCAGCCAAUAAACGGAACUCGUAUCAUUCUGAAAAUGGAACUACCGGUUCAAGUCACAGGAAAUACAGUAAACGUAAUGAACCCUUUGAAAGGAUGUCAAGAUUUCCACAAUCAAGAAGUGAGAGGGAAAUAGAACACAAGGAUGCUGAGGUGAAUGAUACAGAAGCAAGAUCAUGUCAGGGGUAUCUUGUUUCCAGAAAAGAGAGUAACAGGAUGCAGAAUGGCAGAGAUGAACGUCAUGCUAGGUCUAAAGUUUCUCAAACAGAAGACCAUUAUAUGAGAUAUCCUUACCCAAGACAACACAGUGAAGCUCAUAACAUGGAUCGCUUGAGGUCUAGUCAUGCUUACAGAGGAACUAGAUCUGAAGCCAAUGGCCUGCGAAAUUUUGUGACGGGUGCUUCUGAACAUGAGAAUGCUGAUGAUAGAUGUAUUGAGCCGGAUAGAUAUUCAGCUAGGAGGUGGGCGACUGGAAGAGGGAUCUAUAAGGAAAGGAAAAGGAUUUGUAUGGAAAAGGAUAGACGAAGUAGUAGCACAAGACACAAAGAUGAUGCAAGGCAAAAUGAUAAAACUAAUGAUAGUUGUAAAUUAAGAGAUAUGGUUGGCAACAUACAUGGAAUGGAGAAGCUCAGUGGUGACGGAGACAUGAGACACUUUGGGGCCAACAAAAAUUAUGCUCAUCGGACGGGAGAAAUAAAUGGAAAAUAUGAGCAAAAUGACUCUACACAUGUUAACUAUGAUUUUUUCAGCAAUCCCAAAGACAUGCCAAUAUCUGGGGAGAAGUGUAGUGAGGCCAAUCACAGAACCAAGAGAUCUGAGGAAAUCAUUAAUGAAUCUUUCAAGGAGGAAGAUCAAGAUAACUUUGAACACUUUGCAAAGCAAGAAGAAGAUGAUCCUGAAAAAACUAAGGAGGAAGCAAGAAAGAGGAGGGAUGCUAUUCUGGAGAAACACAGGCAACGCCAGUUGCAGAAGGAACAGCAGGAACCUGUGCCUUGCCUAGAUAGUAAAGAAGUAACAUCACUGGAUAGAGAUGCUGCUGCUACUGAAGUGAAAGAUGCUUAUUCAGUCACCUUAAUGGUUGAGGGAAAGAUUGGAAAUAAUCACGAGCCAUCAAAUAUGACCGUUAAUGGAAACCCCUACACUGUGAGGAAAUCUCAUCCUACCCAGCCUAACAUUUCAAUCAACUUGGGGGAAUCUGGUGAUCAAAGGACGAAAGGUUUUUCAGGUUUUGAAGAGAGCAUUCCCAUGAGUGGAAGAUCUUCAGAUGUACUUUGCUGUGAUAUUUUUGGAGUAUCACCUAUUAGAGUUCAAAAAUCGGGUAAUCUAGAUGGUAUGCAUAUCAGGAAAAAAGGGAUCCGCGACAACUGGGAUGAUGAGGAUGGAUAUUACAAGUACCACUUGGGGGAAGUGCUAGGUGGCCGUUACAGAAUUACAGCAGGCUAUGGAAAGGGAGUUUUCUCAACUGUUGUCCAGGCAAAGGAUCUAAAAGCUGGGAAAAAUGAUCCUGAAGAAGUUGCUAUCAAAAUUAUCUGCAAUGACGAAACAAAAGAAAGGUACAAAUCUGGUAAGAGGGAAGCUUCUGUAUUGGAAAAAUUGUCAAAUGCAGAUCGUGAAGACAGACGACACUGUGUGCGGUUUAUUUCUAGUUUCAUGUAUCGAGAUCAUCCCUGUUUAGUUGUUGAAUCUCUUCAUAUGAAUCUUCGUGAGGUUAUAAAGAAAUUUGGUCGCGAUAUAGGGCUGAAGCUUACUGCUGUGAGGACGUACUCAAAACAGCUUUUCAACGCGCUGAAGCAUCUAAAGUGUUGCAGUAUCCUCCAUUGUGAUAUUAAGCCAGAUAAUAUACUGGUAAAUGGGUCGAAAAGCUUGUUGAAACUAUGCGAUUUCGGUAGUGCUUUGUCUGCUGGAAGAAAUGAUAUCACACCAGUUCUUGUGAGCCGCUUCUAUCGAGCGCCUGAGAUAAUUCUUGGAUUGCCCUACGAUCAUGCGUUGGAUAUGUGGUCUGUUGGCUGUUGCCUAUUUGAACUUUACACAGGAAAAAUCUUAUUUCCUGGUGGGACCAACAAUGGCAUGCUUUGGCUUCACAUGGAAUUGAAGGGCCCAUUCCCUAAGAAGAUGCUUCGAAAGGGGGCCUUUACAAGUCAACACUUUGACCAUGACCUUAAUUUUCAUGUUACUGAUGAGAACCUGAUGAUGAAAAAGGCUGUGAAUAAAUUGCUGAUGAACUUUAAAUCAAAGGGUGUUGGCUCCAAAAUAUCAAGCUUCCCAGGCGAGGAUCUAAAGUUGCUGUCCAAGUUUAAAGAUCUCCUGGAAAAAAUAUUCGUUUUAGAUCCAGAAAAGAGGCUUACUGUGUCACAAGCACUUGGCCAUCCAUUUAUCACUGGCGAGUGAAGUAGUGAAUUGAUACGAUCAUACCUCAGUUUUAGUUAUGUUGAGCUUAUCUUCUUUCUUAACUGAACUUUGGGCUUAACCUGUCUAACGCAUCGGCGGUUAUGUCUUUUUUGCGAGAGGCUGGAGCUUUAAGAAUUAAGGUCAUAAUACCUGGACG